AACUACAUCGUUGCUUCUUUUUUGAUUGAGAUUUCAUUUCACGUGUUACUAUUUUUUAAAAUUAUUCACGACUCACUAUAUAUUAUAAAUACAUAAUAGUAAGUUAAUUCAAUUCCCUAACUUUAUUUUCUAUUUGAGGGAUAAUUAAUAAGAAAAAAUAUAUUUCAUAACCUCUUAUCUCCAUUAUUGUGAAUAUGCAGAAAGUAAAGAGAAAAUGCUUGGAGACUGAUGUUUCCACGCUUGUAAAGAAGGUGAAGAUAUCAGAAAAUGAAACACCUGAAAAUCUUGGCAAAAAGAAAGAUAAGAGAGUUGAUUUCAAAAAGAAUGGUAUAAAGAAUUUCAAGACUUCGAUUGGCAAAAAAGACGGUAAAACUUUUGGUAAAUUCAACAAGAAUGGUAAGCCUUUUUCAAAGGAUGGAAAAUUUUCGAAGGACCAGACUAAGCCAGGAGAAAAGCCAAAAUGGUCUGAAAUGAAAAAGGAGAAGAAAGAACUUCGACUAGUGAGACGCAAGGCUAAAGCUACAGCUGAGGUCUUUGAGAUAUCACAUAAAGCGAAGCUGCUGGCUGCACAGAUCCAGAGAAAAGUGGUUAAAGCAGACUUCAAAGAAAAGUCCUGCAGGGAAUUACAUGGUCUACUGAAAGGUCAGUACAAAUCAAUAGCACUGACCCACGAUCUAAGUAGAGUCAUCCAAGUACUGCUCAAAUAUGGCCCAGAAGACGUCAAAACUGAAAUUACUGAGGAAUUACUAGAUCUGAUGGUCCAAAUGGUGCAAUCGAAGUACGCUCAACAUGCAGUGAAGAGGAUAUUGAAAUACGGAACUGAUUUUAUCCGUCAUGAAGUAUUGAAGAAGUUCUAUGGACACAUUGUGACACUUUCAGCGCAUACAAUAAGUGCCCCAGUGUUGGAUUACGCAUAUGGUGAAUUUGCUAGCAAGAAAGAAAAGUUGCACAUGCAACAGGAGUUCUAUGGGGAUAUUUAUAAAAAUUCUAAAGAUGAUAAGGUAAAAACUCUGAGUGAUGCAUACAAAGACAGCCCGGAGAUGAAAGCAGCCAUUUUGCAGUCGUGCAAAGCUAAUAUUCAGAGGAUUCUGGAUAAAAACCUACAUGAUGGAGAGUUGCUGCACUCAGUAUUGUACGACUACAUUCAGGAGUGCAGUGUGGAGGACCGAGCUGAACUGAUCACGACACUAAGCCCCCUGAUAGUGCCUUUGAGCAACUCAUUACCAGGAGUCAAUGCCGCCUGUGUGUGCGUGUGGCAGGGUACUAAUAAGGAUAAGAAGACAAUACUGAAGGUAGUGAAGGAGCACGCGGUGAGCCUGAGUAAGCACAAGACUGGCUAUCGGCUUCUGCUGGCUAUCUUCCACUCUGUAGACGACACCGUGCUCGUGAAAAAGGCUAUUGUUUCCACACUCGCUGCCAACCUGAAGGACAUCGUCAAAGACCACUGGGGUGUCAUGACACUCCACUGGCUCGUCAAGCCCAAAGACACCGCGACUUUCCACCCUCACCUCAUCAAGUUCUUGGACGACGGCGCCCGCAGCGGCUCCUCCAAGAAGGACGCCGACAUCCGCACGGCCGAGCUCCGCGACGCCGUCUCGCCCGCGCUCCAGACAGACAUACAGACAGACGCGGAGUUCUGGAUUAGUAACAAGACCACUGCGCUUUUGGCUGUUGCAGUCUUGUCCAUAGAAUCAACAAAAGAAAUGCUUGAUGCGUUAGCUCGAGCCAUCUGCCGAGCAGACUGGAAAGUGACCACGAACAACAAAGAGAUAUUGGCGAUAGAGGACGCAGGGCUCCACAUGUGUGUGAAGAAGAUGGCCGCGAUCCACGCUGAAACGGGGGCUUCGCUUGGGGACGCCAUAGCUGAGCAUUUGGAGGAUGAAGCGCUAUCGGCGUGGCUCCCAACAAACAGAGGAUGCUUUUUCUUACUGAAACUCAUAGAAAGUAACAACGAGAAAACAGCUAACAAACUUAUAGCGAAGAUUAAACCUCACGCGAGCAUUUUGAAAGCAAACACAUCAGAAGGAGCCAAACUACUCGCACAGAAAAUUAAAAAAUAAAAGUCUGUAUUGUUGAAAA